AUGCGUGCCUUCGUUCUUGCUGUCGUAGGUCUAGCUUCUGCGGCUCUGGCCCAGAACUGUGGCCCCAAGUAUUCAAACCAGAUCUGUGCGGCUGGCAAAUGCUGCAGUCAGUACGGAUGGUGUGAUACUUCCGCCGCACACUGCGACCCAGGUACUUGUCUCAAGCAAUUUUCUGGCGCUGGAUCUAGCUGUGCAAACAAGGGCGCCUCGACGACCCUGGUUUCAACUACCAAGCCAACGGCGACCUCUUUCGCCUCCACGAUCCCCGUUAUCGAUGUCUGUGGACAAGCUGAGGGCGGCGUGAGCUGCCCUGGUGCAGGUUUGAAUGGCUACUUCUACCGCUGCUGCUCCUCAGCCGGCCACUGUGGCCCCAAGAACGACAUCCAAGACCAGGCCAUCUACUGCGGAACUGGCUGUCAAGCUGGCUACGGGAAAUGCGACACGGAAGCUAAGCCUCCGGUGCCUACCGCUGCUCCGGGAACUUCACAGAGUGGAGAGACGUGCGGACCGAUCGUAAAUAAGAAGUGUGCGGCUGGGCUUUGCUGCUCUGGCAGCAAUUUCUGCGGUACUGGAGUUGACUUCUGUGGUGCGGCGAAUUGGUGCCAGCCAAAAUGGGGCAAGUGUACUUAA